AUGAGUGCUGAAGCCCAACCUCCGGCCAGCAGUAGCGAUGCCGAUACACUGCAGCCGAUGCUUACAGCCAUGGCGACUUCAGAACCCUGCGCGCCGACGGGAACAUCCUUUAGCGGCUCGAAUGACGCUUCUUCCUCAAAGGCCCCUGCAAUUCCGAAGAAUUCUCCGAGGAGUCUUCGGUUGCUCAUCGUUGCAGGUCCAAGCGGCGCCUUUGGCUUUUCCGUGAGCCACACAACUCGGCAGCCUCGUCCAGGCGAACAACAUGGCCGCGAAUAUUAUUUCGUCUCGCGGGAGGUGAUUGAGGAUCUCCGGGAUAGAGGAGCUUUGUUGGAGCAUGCAGUGUUCUCGGGAAACAUGUACGCCACCUCUGUGGAGGAGGUUCGACGCAUUUCAGAGAUGGGACAGAUCUGUUUGCUCGAGAUCGACCUCGUUGGGGUUGCAAAGUUGCAGAAGCGGCUCAAUCAUGCGCGAGAAGAAUUGGAAGCAUCGAAGAACCUGCCAUGGGAUCUGCGGCUUCUCAAUAAUUCCGUGGAGGUGGCUUGGACAGAACUGCGAGACGCCGUCAGUACGUGGUUCGGCCUCCCUGUGGAAACUGAGCAGUAG